AUGCAGCCUUUGUGCUACCCUCGUUUCCUUAUGCUGAAAUAUGAGAGUGGUGUGACCACUAAUCAGUUUCACCUUCGCCGAAUUGGAGAACUGGACACAAUGGUGUCCUGGUCAGACAAAUAUCCCUAUUGUCAUUCCUUGUGGUUUGGAGCUUAUUUGGGCUUCCUGAAUAUCUAUCAUCCAGAUUAUGUCCAAGCUGUAUACAGCAGAGGAGAUUCAAAGGCACUUGAUUUCUACAAUUUCUUUCUUCCAUGGAUCGGGAAAGGGCUGUUGGUUUCAGAUGGGCCCAGGUGGUUCCUUCACCGACGAUCGCUGACUCCAGCUUUUCAUAGUGACAUUUUAAAGUCGUAUGUGCCACUGAUGGUCAACUGCAUCAAAAUAAUGCUGGAUAAACUGGAAACGCUGGUUCCAGAAGGUAAAUCACUGGAUAUUUACCAUCACAUUGGCCCCAUGACAAUGGACGUCAUGCUGAGGUGUAUCUUCAGUUAUCACAGCAACUGCCAGAAUGACAGCUACGAUAAGAACGAAUACGUCCAAGCAGUUAGUGACUUGAGUUGUCUGAUGCAAAAAAGAAUGCAGACAUUUCUGUAUCACAAUGAUCUGAUCUAUCAUCUGACUCCUGAUGGGUACCGUUUCUUUAAGGCUUGCAAAAUAGCCCAUCGCCAUACAGAAAAAAUAAUUAAAGAGAGAAAGACACUUCUCAGUGGUGAACGGGAACUUGAAAAGAUUAAACAAAAGAGGUAUCUAGACUUUCUGGAUAUUCUUCUCUGUGCCAAGGAUGUAAAUGGUGCUGGAUUACCUGAUGAAGACAUCUGUUGUGAAGUGGACACAUUUCUGUUUGAGGGUCAUCAUACCACAACCAGUGGGAUUUCCUGGAUUUUAUAUGCAAUGGCUCAGAACCCAGAGCACCAGCAAAGAUGCAGGGAGGAGAUAAAGGACAUUGUCAAGGGGCGAGACACGCUGCACUGGGAUGACCUUAAUAAGAUGACCUACACAACAAUGUGUAUUAAGGAAAGCCUCCAGAUCUAUCCUUCUGUCCCUCAGGUGUUUCGAGAGCUCAACAAGCCUGUCACAUUUUCUGAUGGGAGGAUGCUGCCCACAGGUGGUUUGAUAUCCCUGAAUAUUUAUGCACUUCAUAAAAAUUCAGAAGUGUGGAAUGAUCUGAGGAACUGCAUUGGGCAACAGUUUGCCAUGAUGGAGCUGAAGCUGGCUGUCGCCCUGACGCUGCUGCGUUUCCAAGUUUUGCCUGAUCCUGAUAAUCCUCCCCUUGAAAAACCUCAGCUCAUCUUGUGCUACUGGAAUGGGAUGCAUGUAAAGUCUGGCAAAAUUUUGCUUCCAUUCAUGAACUCCGCAUCAGGUGAUGAACAUGACGUGGCCGUCUUCCACUCACUCGGGCUGCAGCAGAAGCCCAAGGGCCUUCGUGGCACAGCCCGAAAGCCCACUAACCUGUCUAAGGUGAGUGGAGUCGUUCAAGGACCCCAGGAGUCCCCAGCCUCAUACCUAGAGCGUCUGCUUGAGGCAUACAGGCAAUAUACGCCUAUAGACCCCCGGGUGCCCGAGAACGCGAGGGCUAUUAACAUAGCCUUUGUAGGACAGUCGGCCCCAGACAUUAGGAAAAAAAAAGAUUCAGAAACUAGAUGGUGGACUGAUCCUGACAGGGGCUUCUCAGGCCAACUGACCUGGACCCGGCUGCCACAAGGGUUUAAGAACUCCCCUACCCUCUUCGACGAGGCACUGAACAAGGAUCUCUUCCCCUUCCGAAAUGCGCAUCCUGAGGUUACCCUCUUGCAAUAUGUAGACGAUUUGCUCCUGGCAGUGGAGUCUGCUUCUGUGUGCCUACACGUGACCCGAGACCUCCUAACUACUCUGGGCUCCUUGGGUUACUGGGUCUCAGCAAAGAAGGCACAGAUCUGUAGUCAAAGAGUGACCUAUUUGGGAACCAGACCCGACCUGUCGGAUAUCCCACUAGAUCCGCCGGCCCUCAAUUUAUUUACAGAUGGGAGCAGUUUCGUCAAGGACGGAGUCCGGUAUGCGGAAACGGCGGUGGUCACUGGCUCUGAGAGGAGGUACGGGCUGAGGUAUCUAACAGAAAACUUGCUUGAGACCUUACAGGCCCUUGACCAGGUCCAGGGGGAGAUCCGUCAGGAGGUUCGGCCCAGCAGUGGAAACGCUGAUGGGGACGCCAUCCGCGCCCCCAGUCCUCCCCCUUCUAUGAAACCAGAGGAAGAGCUCCAGAAUGCAACAGAAAUGACAAAAACAUAUCCAUAUUGCUAUCCAAUAUGGUAUGGAAGAUUCUUGGCUUUCUUGAGCAUUAACCAUCCUGAGUACGCAAAGGCAGUGUUUAGCAGAAAUGGAAAGGGUUUAUUGAUCCUGAAUGGGCCAAAGUGGCAGCAGCACCGAAGGCUACUGACUCCUGGGUUCCAUUUUGAUGUCCUGAAGCCCUACGUGACUCUUAUGGCAGACUCAGUCAAGGAGAUGCUGGAUGUGUUGGAAAAGCUGAUUCCAAAACAUACUACAGUGUCACUGGAAAUGUUUGAACAUGUUACUUUGAUGACUUUUGAUACCAUCAUGAAAUGUGCCUUCAGCUACCAAGGCAAUUGUCAGACAGACAGGAAUAAUGCCUACAUCAAUACUGUAUUUGAUAUCAGCUGCAUGAUUAUGCAGAGACUGAAGACACCUUUGUAUCACAGCGAUCUCAUUUACUGGUUCAGCUCCCAAGGGUUUCGAUUUCGGAAGGCUUGCAAACUAGCCCACCAGCACACAGGGCUUUUAGUUUUGCUGAACAUUUAUAGUCUUCACAGAAAUCCUUUGGUCUGGGAUGAUCCUGAGGUUUUUAAUCCACUAAGAUUCUCCACAGAAAAUUUAAUUCACCAUCACCCAUACGCUUUUCUUCCUUUUGCUGCUGGACCAAGGAAUUGCAUUGGACAACAGUUUGCCAUGAAUGAAAUGAAAAUCGCUCUUGCCUUGACGCUUCUGCGAUUUGAACUUUUGCCUGAUCCUUCCAAACUCCCCAUUCCUGUAGCGCAGAUAGUCACCAAAUCCAAGAAUGGAAUACAUCUGAAGCUGAAGAAUGUCUGCUGAUGCUUGAAAUUAUCCUAAAGACAAUGCUUUUAUACUCUUAAUUCCUGCCAAUAGAUAUUGGUAGGCAGCAUAAAUGUUAACAAGCUAUUAAUACUAUCCAGUGUGCAUCUGCUCCUUUUAUGGAAUAGUUCAAAUCCCAAUAAUCAUGGGGUAAAAUUAUUGUCAUAAUGAGGUUACAGAACCUCCUUAAAGGUAUACUACCACUUACAAAUAUAGAAUUAAAGAAUCCAAAUCUAGAUUCUUAUAGUGUUUUCAGUUUUCUGUUACUGCUUUUUGGAAUAAAGAUGGGCACGAAUUGAUUUAUAAUUCUAAAACCCUUUGAUCUGGUUGCCUUUGAUCUGGUUGCACAUUAUGGAUUGUUAAUGGGCGGUGGGUUGUUGUUAAGUGCAAACCCUACACUAUAUUUAGGGUUGCCAAUGACAAACAACUGAGGAAGCAAGUCAAGGAUUUGUUGUUGGGUUGUAAACUCUGAGUUGUUCAUGGUUAACAACCUGUAGUUAAUCCAUAGCGCAGCAUCCACAUGAGAAAGGGAAGGGCAACAAGGAUGAUCCAGGGACUGAAAACAAAGCCCAGUGCGGAAAGAUUGAGUGAACUGGGCAAGAAGAGACUGAGGGGAGAUAUGAUAGCACUCUACAAGCACUUGAAAGGCUGCUAUAAAGAAGGACAGGAUCUCUUCUCAGUCAUCCCAGAGUGCAGGACGUGGAAUAACAGACCU